AUGCCCUUGUGUCAGGAUUAUUAUAAAAAAUUGUUUGACUGUUCAAAACAACCGAGCACAAACGUUAGAAAAUUAAUUAAGCAAAAACGGAUAAUUAAGACAAUACAACAAGAACAUAAAUAUUAUAAAAAAAACUGUACAUGACUUUCAUGAUGGAAGCACUGAAUGCGUUUUGGUGGAGUGAAGUGUGAAAGUUUUGCUACGACGUAAUUGUGGCAUUGAUUUGUAUAAAUAUAAAAUUGUGUAAAAGCUAAGAAUAUAAAAAUUUGUGUUGAAACGAUAGCACUGUUAAGAGAAAACACGUACUUGUUAUUGUUAAUUAGCUGUAAACAUGAAUAACGGCGGGUUCAGUUCCGCAGACGAGGACUCUCGUGAUGGCCACAGUACAUGUUGCCUUAUCGACGAUGACGAACGUUGUCGCAAUCCCGCUGGUAAUGCGAGAUAUAGUAAACGUAUACAAAAAACGGUGCAACAGAAACGUCUAAAACUGCGUAAUGAUCCCACCGCGGAACGCAUUUACAUCUGUGAAUACCACAAAUCGCAAAUACAAUCGGCACGCAGCAAACGCCGGCGUAAGGAAUCGGAAGAGGAUAGCAAUGAAACCGACAAUGAAAUACCAGAUGUCGUCAUGCCAGAUCUCUAUCAACUGCAAGUGAAUACAUUAAGACGUUAUAAACGUCAUUACAAAGUGCAGACGCGACCCGGUAUGAAGCGACAACAGUUGGCGGACACAAUCAUGAAACACUUCAAAACGAUACCGAUCAAAGAGAAAAAGCCACCUCAAACACCAGCCGAAGGUGAGGGAGAUCCAGAAUUCAUUAAACGUCAGGAUCAAAAGCGCUCCGAUCUCGAUGAGCAACUGAAAGAAUACAUCAAUGAAUGGCGUAAACAGCGUGCCAAGGAGGAGGAUGAGCUGAAGAAGCUCAAAGAAAAACAGGCCAAGCGCAAGAUCUCGCGUGCCGAAGAGGAACAAAAGAUGGCGCAACGCAAGAAGGAGGAAGAAGAGCGUCGCGUACGUGAAGUUGAAGAGAAGAAACAGCGCGAAAUCGAAGAGAAGCGUAUGCGUCUCGAGGAGGCCGAGAAGAAGCGUCAAGCUAUGCUGCAGGCCAUGAAGGACAAGGACAAGAAGGGACCCAAUUUCACUAUUGCCAAAAAGGAGGCAGGCGUGUUGGGACUCUCAUCCGCUGCCAUGGAGCGUAACAAGACUAAGGAACAAUUGGAGGAAGAGAAGAAAAUCUCAUUGUCGUUCCGCAUCAAACCUCUGGCCAUUGAAGGUUUCAACGAUAGCAAAUUGCGCGAGAAGGCCCAAGAACUGUGGGAACUCAUCGUCAAAUUGGAAACUGAGAAGUAUGACUUGGAAGAAAGGCAGAAACGUCAGGAUUACGAUUUGAAAGAGUUGAAGGAAAGACAGAAGCAACAGCUCAGGCACAAAGCCUUGAAGAAGGGUCUCGACCCUGAGGCUUUGACUGGCAAAUACCCGCCCAAGAUUCAAGUCGCCUCCAAAUACGAGAGACGUGUAGACACCCGCUCAUAUGACGACAAGAAGAAACUCUUCGAGGGUGGUUAUAAUACGCUUUUCAAAGAGGCACUCGAAAAGCGCUGGCAAGAGAGGCAGGAAAGAUUCACGUCGCGAACCAAAUCCAAACUGCCCAAGUGGUUCGGCGAACGACCAGGCAAGAAAUCUGGCGAACCCGAGACACCCGAAGGCGAGGAAGAUGCCAAGGCUGAUGAAGAUAUCAUCGAAGAUGAAGAAGAAGUCGAAGAGGAGGUUGUCGAAGAAGAAGAAGAGGAGGAAGAGGAGGAGGAAGAAGAGGAGGAAGAAGAAGAGGAAGAAGAGGAGGAAGAAGAAGAGGAAGAGGAAGAAGAAGAGGAGGAGGAAGAGGAAGAAGAAGAAUAAAUUAAUUUAACUACAUUUAAUAAAAUUUAAAAACAAAGAAAAUAGUUAUUAUUAGCUUAUUCGAUCAACCAAACAAAUAAAACACAAAAAAAAUACCAAAAAUCCUAAACAUAUAAAGAGCGAAUAUCAGAUGGAGACGCAGUAAAAAGAAUUUAUAAAAUUUGAAAUGUGGAAACUGCUGAAAAUUGUCAAAGUACCUCUCUCACUCGAAUUCUAAUUUAUACUCACUCUGACACACUCUCGACUGAUUAUUCACUCACUCACACACAACAACAACAACAACAACAGUGACAACAUGACGGCAAUAUCGCUCGCUCUCUCUCUGUCUUUUUUUAUAUACAUACAUAUCUAUAUAUAUAAAGCAACUCAAGAACAAGUAAAACUGAGUAAAAAAAACCAACAACAACAAUUGUUCAAAUUUGUUUGUAAUAAAUCUUUUCAACUGAGAUGAAAAUCUAAAAUCAGACUUAAUAUGAUAAUUACAUAUAUAUAACUGUCACAUAUUUAUAUAUAUCUUUAAGGGUUGUUAUAGGCACAACAAAAACAACAACAACAAUAUACAAUAUACUUAUAAUACUAUUUAUAAGUGUAAAGAGCAAGCAAGCUAGCAAUGAGUAACUAGAACAUGAUUACAUAACAACUCUCUCUUAAUAUUCCUUUUCAUUUAA